UCCUACGUCAGCCGGAACCAGGAAGUGUCCCGCUUGUUGUGUUGUGGUUGUGAGUUGUCGCGGUGGCUGCUUUUUGCUGUCGCUAGUUUCCUUUUCGUCCUGGCUCAGAUGGCGAGCUCCGCGGGUCCUCGUCGGUCCGGUCCGGGUCUCUGGUCCUCGGUGCUGCUCCUGAUGCUUCUGUCGGUGCUGAACGGGUCGGUGUGUGCUUUAUCCGAGCAAGGGAAAUGGGUCCUGAACGUCGACAGUGAAACCCUGAAGAAGCCGACCCUCUUCACCUUCGCUAAAACUCUGUUCAACAACAGCAACGUCCACCUGAAACUGGUGUCAGAGACCUGUAACUCCUCGUCUCCGGUCCUCCUCGAUGUCUCCUGGUACUUCAGGAACUCUCACUGCUACAACGAAGUCGUCAGUCUGGACUCACAGAGCGCUCAGUCUUACUUCAAGUCUGACAAAGUGAAUCAAAGAGGAGGAAAUGGAUACUACAUGUUUCACCAGUAUCCUCCAAUCAGCUGCCAGCAACACAUGAACCCCAACACGUUCGGUCUGGAUGUGUUGCCGGUGAAAACCCGUCUGAAGGAUCUGCCGCAGAAACAGCCAAUCACAGAGAAGCCUCACGGUGACAGGAGGAGGAGGGACGUGGAGGUACCUCAACCAAAGCCGGCUGCAGCCAAGAAAGACGCUUCAGAGAGCUCUACAGCGCCUGCCAAAGAGGUCGCCGCGGCGCCGCCUCACCUGGACCUGGUGGCCGAGAGCUGGGAGGACGGGCCGUACAUGUUCAUCCUGAGCGUCGCAGAAAUCAAAGACCAGAAGAGCCGAGCCCCCGACCACGCUAACUCUGCUAACAGUGCUAACCCCCCUGCACCCUGGAGUGUCCAGAUUCAGAUCAGCAUGAAGGGUCCUCAUGACUACAUAUCAGCUACUGAAUGGCCUCUGAUGGUGUUCUACAUGGUGAUGUGUAUCGUGUACGUGCUGCUCGCCGUGCUCUGGUUGGUCCUGUCGGCGUGCUACUGGAGGGACCUGCUCAGGAUCCAGUUCUGGAUCGGAGGCGUCAUCUUCCUCGGCAUGUUGGAGAAGGCCGUUUACUACGCCGAGUUUCAGAGCAUCAGAUACGACGGGCUGUCGGUUCACGGCGCUGUGGUGUUCGCCGAGGUGCUCUCAGCUGUGAAGAGGACGCUGGCCAGAGUGUUGGUGAUCAUCGCCAGCCUGGGAUACGGCAUCGUCAAGCCGAGACUCGGCGCCUUGCUGCAUCGAGUCGUCGGAGUCGGUCUGCUCUAUCUGAUCUUCUCCAUCGUCGAGGGAAUUCUACGAGUCAACGACGCUGAAGACGAUGUCGUUCUCCUGGCUGCUAUUCCUCUGGCUGUGCUCGACUCUACCCUCUGCUGGUGGAUCUUUGUGAGUCUGGUUCAGACGAUGAAGCUGCUGCGUCUGAGGAGGAACGUGGUGAAGCUCUCGCUCUACAGACACUUCACCAACACGCUCAUCUUCGCUGUCAUAGCGUCAGUCAUCUUCAUCAUCUGGACCACCAAGACCUUCAGGAUGUCAAAGUGUCAGUCUGUGAGUAGUUUGACUGAAGGCAGCAGGAUGGAGUUCAACAUGUGGAACAGGCUUUG